GCUGGAGGAAAGAGUGGGAGCGGCUUAGGGCGGGGAGACAGCAUAUUUCCAUGAGACCCGGCAGAGCGUAAUUCUGACUCGGUCUCUUUAAAUGAAACCCCGCCUCUCCCUCCCGCCCCGUUUGUCUUCUGACGUCCCACCGUGCUGGGCCAAUGGCAUCGGCUGUAAGGGGAAGGCGGGAGAAUGCGAACCGGCCGCACCUUAUAAGGACAUGGCCUCGCGCAUGCGUACUUUGUGGGGCGAAGGGGGGUGCGAGGAAGGAAAAAGAGGCGGGGAGUUCCAAGUGAGGCAGGGGAGCAUUUCUCUCCCCCCCCCUUCGGCCGAUUAAAGACGCAGCCUCCUGAGAGUCUUUCCCUCGCCGCCCCCUUUCCUCCUCUCCUGCCCUCGCGGGAUCCGAGCGGGCUGAACGAAGAGGGAAGGGGGUGUCACGUCCGGUAACGAUGUUGGGGUCGCCGGGGCAACAGCCCGGGGGGGCGGGGUCUGGGGCGACGGCGACAGCGGCUGCCGGGUCUGCUGCUACUGCCGCCGGCGGGGCUGGGGGUAUCGCGACUUUCCCGUGCGGAGGGGCGUCGGAGAGGCUGCUGGCGCGCUACGUGCAAGACUACCUGGAGUGCGUCGAGUCGUUGCCGCUGGACAUGCAGAGGUUGGCCUCGCUCCUGCGCGAGAUGGACACGCGCUGCCGGGCGCGCGCGCGGGCCUCGGCCACGAUCCCGCGAGCUGAGGCGGGGACGAGGGGGCACGUUGCCUUGCUUUGGAUGAUGCUCCGGAUGUGGCAAACACGUGAAAAUGUAUCGUUCAGGAAAAGGUCUUGCCUCCGUAGGCAGUUACGUUUCAGAGCUGGAGAUAAAUUUAUGCUGUUUCAGCAGCGGUAUGAGAAAGCUUUGAAAGAAAUUGAUGAAGUAUAUGAGAAAUACAAAGCUGAAGAUGAUCCUGCACAGAAAAAGCGUUUGCAGCAAUAUCUUCAGCGAGCUUUGAUCAACAGUCAAGAACUUGGAGACGAAAAAAUCCAAAUAGUUACUCAGAUGCUUGAGUUAGUGGAGAACAGAGCCCGGCAGAUAGAGUCCCACUCUCAGUGCUUUCAAGAUCUGUCAGAUACUGAAAAACCUAUUGAAAAGUCAAAACAGGAUCCAUGUCAACCAGAGAGAUCUUCACGAAGACCCCGUCGGCAGCGUACUAGUGAAAGCCGUGACAUAUGCCAUAUAGCAAAUGGAAUUGAUGAAUAUGAUGACCAGCCACCUAAAGAAAAAAGAUCCAAAUCUGCUAAGAAGAAAAAACGCUCUAAAGCUAAACAAGAAAGGGAAGCUUCACCAGUAGAAUUUGCAGUUGACCCUAAUGAGCCAACUUAUUGUCUGUGUGACCAAGUGUCUUAUGGAGAAAUGAUAGGCUGUGACAAUGAUCUGUGUCCCAUUGAGUGGUUUCAUUUUUCAUGUGUCGGACUCACUUAUAAACCAAAGGGAAAAUGGUAUUGCCCAAAAUGCAGAGGAGACAAUGAGAAGACUAUGGAUAAAUGUACAGACAAAUCCAAAAAGGAUAGAAGAUCAAGGUAGUAAAUGCUCUAAAUGCACAGACAACUGUGUGGUUUCUAUUAAAAACUAUUUAAUAAGCAGAUUAGUAUUUUAGAAUAAUGCAUAAAACUAUGCAAUAAUUUUUAAGGUGUACAAUACUAAUGGAGUGUUCACAGAUGUUAAUACUUUUUCUGCUUUUGAAUAUUCUGCACUAAAUAACCAAAAUUUUCAAACAGGGUCACAUGGGAGUAGCACAGAAGGAAUUCAGGAAUUCCAGAUUCCUCACUCUUUUUAAUUGUGGAAUUAUGGUGAUGCCUGAUGAAGAAGGACUGGAAGGAUAAUCAUGUUAAAACUGGUGUUAACAUCUGUUGCAGUUGUAAAUUUAGUUGAGCAUAGCUCAUUUUGCUGAGAACAUGUUAGUUCUAUGAUGCUUUUAGUCUUCAGAAUCCUAAAGAUAAUAUUUGAAUCUAUUGCCAAACUUUAAAUUUUAAGCCUUUGAAAAUGUAAAGCCAGUUUUUCUUCAUGUCUUCCAUGUGAUCUACCUAUGUGUCAUUAACUUAUUUUAUAUUAAUCUUGUGGUGAGUUUAUAAGUCUGUUUAAAGAAAGUAUAUUAAACAAAUACUGAUGUUGGAAGAGUUGCAAUCAGCAUUAAUUGCAGUCCUGAACUGAACCUACUUGUUCUUCUCACUAUGCUCUUUAGUUUCUUAAGUCAUGCUGUGCCAUCUUGUUCAUAAUUCUUUGAAUGUUGGAGAAACCUAUAUAAUCAUGUUGAAAAGUUUAGAUAUUCAAAGGAUACAUAAAUACUGUAAGAUCACUUUGUGAGGUAAGUUUGACUGGUCUAAUAUUUUAUUUUAUUUUGCUUUCCAGGCUCUUAGGUCUGAGCAAAAUGCAGUAGUAGGAAAAGGUCAUUAUUCUCUAGGAGAGGAGUCCUAUAGGCAUAGAGAAAAUAUUCAACCGAAGUAUAGCAACUCUUAAUGAAAUAUUUUACAUAAAGAACGAUGACAUGUCUUUGAAACAAAUAAUAACUAAAGGUAUCCCAAAACUAAAUAUUAUUUCUUUAAUGGAAAUAUAGAUGAUACAGAGCUGAAGCCUUAGUCUCACUGCCUAACUUUACGCCAUGGGUUUUCCCAGACAGUAAUUUUAUUUCUCUCUAGAAGAUUAGAGGACUUCAUUUUAUUUAUUAGAUAUUAAGGUGUCUGUGUAAGUCAACCUAGUGUAAAGUAAAGAGAUAAGCAGGCCAAGAAAAAAGUUCCAGUAUUGAAUUCUUGUUCCUACAGUGUGAAAUAGCAUUUUGCAGUUUCUUACAUUUUGAGUGAGGUUUGAAAAAAAGCUUGGAUACUAUAAAAAUGGCUUUGAUCACAAACUAAUUUAAAUAUUCAAAAGUUAUUUUGCAAGGAUGGUAACACAGCUGUAUCAUGUGGACUAGAGAUAUUCCCCAGUUUAACUAGAAACUCUUGUUGUUCCACAUUAGGAUUGGAUUAUUUCAUGUAGCUGUUAUAUCUAUGCUGAACCUGAAAUUGUGUCUCAUGAAUUAAUUGUAUGCUACUGAACUGGCCAUGUGGUAUGUCAUGGUCAAAUGGGAUAGCCUUCUUCCAUAAAUAUUAUGUCUUACCUUGUUAGGGGGACACUAAUUGCACAUUCAUAAUAUAGCUAUAAUAUGUUUUUAUUUUGAAUAUCAGCUCCCCCCCCCCACCAAACAUAGUUAUGGAAUUGGGGAGAUAAAUGAAAUUCUAAGUUGCUAAU